AUGAGCAGGACCGCAGGCUGCUGGCAGAGCUGCGUGCGUCACGUGUUUCAUUAUGAAACAGUUAAAACGUUGGUUAUUCCAAACGUCCGGGUAGGAUGUGUCUUCAGGUUCACGCAGCUCCUGGUGCUGCUGUAUGUGGUGGGGUAUGUGUGUGUGGUGCAGAAGUCCUACCAGGAGAAAGAAUCUGUCGUCAGCACCGUCACCACUAAAGUCAAAGGUUUCGCCUUCACAAACACGUCUACCGGUAAUUGGAAGUUUUGGGAUGUGGCUGAUUAUGUUAUACCACCUCAGGGAGAGACAUCACUAUUUGUUUUAACCAAUAUGGUCGUCACCCCCCAUCAAACUCAGACACGAUGUCCGGAGCUUCCAAACCCGUCCACGACGUGUGUGGAUGACUGUGACUGCAUCGAGGGACUGAGUGACCCCCGAGGCAACGGUAUACAGACCGGGCUGUGUGAGAACUUUUCCACGACUGUCCGGACCUGCGAGGUGCUCUCAUGGUGCCCUCUGGAAAUAGACUCUGAGCUGCCCGAACGUGCACUGCUGGCUUCAGCGGAGAACUUCACUCUGUUCAUAAAAAACAGCAUAACGUACCCGAAGUUUAACUUUCACAGAAGAAACAUAGGAUCACAUAUUAGCUCCUCGUACCUGCAGAGCUGUGAGUUCCAUCGUGCCACAGACCCUGAAUGCCCCAUCUUCCGCCUCAAACACAUCGUUUCAGAGGCCGGAGAGGAAUUUCAAGAAAUGGCUGUAAAGGGCGGUGUCCUCGGUAUUAUUAUUGACUGGAGCUGUGACCUGGACUGGUGGGCAGAGACUUGUCACCCCAAGUACAGCUUCCGCAGGCUGGACAAAGAUCCUGCCAGUAAUUUGGCUCCUGGAUACAACUUCAGGUUUGCAAAAUACUACAAAACCCAAAACGAAGAGGAGUUCAGAACCUUAUUCAAAGCGUACGGGAUCCGGUUUGACGUCAUUGUAUUUGGAACUGCAGGAAGGUUUAGCAUUGUACCCACCAUAGUGAACUUGGGUGCAGCUUUAGCUUUCCUCAGUUUGGUUCCUGUGGUUUCUGACUGGUUUAUGUUGACAUGCAUGAGGAAAGGAGAUCUUUACAGCAGACAUAAAGUCACACACCUUCAUGAGGACGGUGACGCUGAAGCAGAGUUAACGAGCACCAGUUAUGGAACCCAGUAGCAGGUUCAGGUCAGAAGAAUCUGAACCUGCUCCAAAAACAUCCUUCAUGUAACUAAGUUCAAAUCAAGUGCACUUAGGUUCUUAGGUUUUCUCUUGUACUUUACUCGAGUAUUUCUAUUUUCUGCUACUUUGUACUUCUACUCCACUACAUUUAUGU